AUGGUGAACUUUCAGGCCUCGUUGGCCUUGAUGGCCGGUAUUGCUGCCGGAUGGGCACAGCAAGUUGUUUCCGAGACUAUAACAACAGUAUCAAAGACACCAGCGGCCUUUUCAUACAAUAAUGACACAUUUCUGCUACAUGGGGAGCCAUUUACCAUAAUUGGGGGUCAAAUGGAUCCCCAACGCAUUCCUUACCAGUAUUGGCGAGACAGGUUAUCCAAAGCCAGGGCCAUGGGCCUGAAUACGAUUUUUUCAUACAUUUUUUGGAACAAUUUGGAGCCGCAAUCAGGCAACUGGACCUCGGAUGAUCCGCAAAAUGAUAUUGCAGAGUACUUUAGGAUCGCGCAGGAAGAGGGACUCUGGGUGGUACUGCGGCCAGGUCCGUACAUAUGCGGAGAGCACGAAUGGGGUGGGUUCCCGGCAUGGUUGAAUGAGAUUUCGGGCAUGGUGGUGCGCACCAACAAUACUCCGUUCUUGGAGGAGACCAAGAAGUAUAUUGUAAACCUCGCGACCACAUCCGGCUUUGCUGAUUUGCAAGUGUCGCGCGGCGGGCCGAUUCUCAUGGUUCAGGUCGAGAAUGAGUACGGGUCCUUUGGUGAGAACCACAACUACACGGCCGCGCUUCGUGACAUUUUGCGCGAGAGCUUCGAGGUGCCUCUGUACACCAAUGACGGCGGCGUGGACUGGACGCUCGAGGGAGGUCAAGUUCCGACCGUCCUCGCCGAGAUCGACGGAGGAUCUUGGGCCCUGCCAGCACGAGACUUGUACAUCACUGAUCCGACAGAGCUGGGACCAUUAUUGGAUGGCGAAUAUUACACUUGGGCGCCGGACCAGUGGGGAUCUUACAACUCACACAAUACGACAGAGGGCCAUGAUGACUAUGAUGCUAGCAUUGUCAGCGACAUUGCUUACCAUCUAGGAAACUACUCGGCAUCGAUCAGCUUCUACAUGGUUCAUGGCGGGACAAACUUUGGUUUUCAGAAUGGGGCCAUGUGGCAAAAUAGGACCACAGUCUUUACGUCCUCCUACGAUUAUGGCUCGCCGAUAGAUGAGACGGGCCGGACGAGGGCGCUGUACUUUAAGAUGCGCGAGGCAAUCCUACCGUUUACGGCCAACGGCAGCGUCCCGGAGCCGCCAGAGAAUCUUCCCCUGUCGUCGAUUCCGCAGUUCACACUCUGCCAGUCCAGCAGCCUCUUUGCUGUCCGUGGCGAAAAGACCACGGCAGCCUCUCCGCUGACAAUGGAAGCACUUGGGCAAUCGUACGGUUUUACCCUCUACGAGUAUAAGCACACGGCCAACGCGAGCGUCGAGGGACAGCUCCAAGCGGGCGACCGCCCUCGGGACCGAAUCUUGGUGUACAAGAACGAGGCCAUCCUUGGCGUGAUCGACAGCCAGUACCAGCACCCCCUCAACGUCAGCGUAUCCCUGGAGCCGGGCGACACACUGCAGCUGCUCGUCGAGAACCUUGGGCGCGUCGACUACUACUCGCGCGGUAACCCGUAUGCGAACCAUUUGCAGGACCAGUCCAAAGGCAUCAAGGGCGACGUUUCGCUCGGGGAAGAGGUCCUUGAGGGAUGGGACAUGUAUGCUUUGCAGCUCGACACUCUCCCACCUCUGGAAAAUUGCGGCGGUGCCACGUCCGCCCCCGCCUCCUCCUCCUCCGCCGCCGCCGCCACUGCCCUAGGACCAGGGGAAGGAGCUGCCAAACGAGCGGGAGCUGCCCAAACCGCCGCAGCAGCAACGACAACGACAACAGACUCGCCAUUCUUUUACCGCGGUACUUUUGUGGGCCCAGCCAUUGCCAACGACUCGACCAUGACGCUCGACACAUUUAUUACACUGCCCAACGGGGUCAAGGGCAACUUGUGGGUCAACGGUUUUCAUCUGGGGAGAUAUUGGUUGGUCGGCCCCCAACAGUCGCUGUACCUACCCGGCGCUGUCGUCAGGCCGGAAGAGGCCAAUGAGGUCGUGGUCCUGGAAUUGGAGCCUUGGCAGAUGAAGCAGCAGACGAACGAGACAACGGUCGCCGCGGGCAUGGUGGCGUAUGGUACUUCAGAGAGGGUCUGGGGAAACCAGUUGGACCCUGACUGUCUAGCCUGCGUUUAA